AUGUACCAUUUAACUUCAUUCAAAAAUAUUUUUCCAGAUCCUUCUCUUGAUUGGACUGGCAAUAUUUCCUCAAGGAAGAAGCGAAAACCUUAUACAAAAUACCAAACGCUGGAGUUAGAGAAGGAAUUUUUAUAUAAUACUUAUGUUAGCAAGCAAAAACGAUGGGAAUUGGCGAGAAACUUGGUUCUUUCAGAAAGACAAGUUAAAAUUUGGUUCCAGAAUCGAAGGAUGAAGGAUAAAAAACAAAAACAGCGGUCUUCAGUUGAUCCGUCAUGCAGUUCACAGUUAAUGAUGCCAGGAACAAUGAAAGACGAGUGA